AUGGUGCCCCAGACACCGGUCAACCGAGCGAUCUUCAGGGUGCAAUCGCGCGUAUGUAACCUGUUCCGCCGCUUCCUAGACGACGAGGGGUUCAUCGAGACCCACACGCCCAAUAUCCAGGGCGUGGCGACAGAGUCCGGCGCGAGCGUCUUCAAGCUGGGCUACUUUGAGCAGACCGCCUUCCUGGCCCAGUCGCCCCAGCUGAUCAAGCAGAUGGCCAUCGCCGCCGACUUCGAGCGCGUCUACGAGAUCGGCCCUGUCUUUCGGGCCGAGAACUCGACCGGCUAG